CCAGUGCAAGUAUUUAAUUUCAUUUUCUUAGUUUUAUAUGCCACCUUUCUUACAUCACAGAACUCAGGGUGGUGUACAUUUGAUUCCCUGAGGGUCUGCUUAGCUUCAACAAGGUGGUGUCCCCCCCCUGUGCCUCCUUCAAUAUAUGAAUCGACCCUUUUUUAUUUAAAAAAUGAAAUGAAAUAAUGAUUUAAAAAUAGAAAACGUAGGUGUUAAAUACCCGCUAUUCUUAACAUACCAUAUACACUUUUAAAUGCCAGACGUGGGUGUGCCAGAUGGCUCCCUGGAUUUUGUCAAUCUCUUGACUAAAUUAUAUAAAAUAGGUCUCAUUGUUUUCCACCUCUGCAUUUAGAAUGGUUGCUAUAAGCGACAAAAGAAUAUGCUGUAGCACCUCGUAUUUAUGAUUAUUUCAUAUGAAUUUGGUUAGGCGCCACCCUGAAAUCCCGCUACUCUUGGGCUGCAACGCCGCGUUCGAAGUGCGACUUCCCGCUUCUGGGCACUUCAUAUUGGCUCACUGCGGAUUCUAAGAAAAGUUAGCGCAAUUUUCUUUCGCACGACGUAAGCCUUUCUUGCCACAUAUUGCAUAGGCAUUAAACUCUGCUGAGCAAAAUCUGCAGAGAGAACCGUACAAAUCCAGCCAGCAAAUCCAUGGGAAUCAUGGACACGGCAGGAGGUAUUAAACGCGCGAUGGGGUGUCGGGCGUUAUUUCUCAUUAACUAACGCCGAGUAAGGAGGGAGAAGCGAGGGAAUAAUGUUUCCUGUGUCGGCCAGCGCGGUGGGGGACAAGCGGCAACCGGCUGCAGCUACGACUUCCUAGGGCAGCCGAUGGGUGAAAAGCCAAAAGACGGUCGCCGGGAGGAGGACCAGCCCCAGCGCAGGUGGUGGGAACCUCGCUCCAGGCCGUCUUCCGAGAGCGCCAAGCAGCGCUAAGAAAGGCUGGAAGACGCCUGCGGUGCUGGGGCGGCCCUUAGCGGCGAGAGCGAGGAGCUGCGGGCAGAUACUUUCCCAGCAGGGCCAGGGAGCCAUGGAGGAGGCAGAGGAGGCCGGCGCAGGGCCCAGGCGCCGCCGCCGCCGCUCGGGCGGCCGCAGCAGCUCGGAGCGCUCGCCGAGCCCCGGGCGCCUGGACGUGAGUUCGCCGCGCUUCGACCCUCUGCUGGCGCUCUACUCGGAGCGCACGACGCUGCCUUACCCGACCGCGCCGCACUUCAACAACCUGGCCGAGUACGAGAGCUUCCAGCGCGGCCUGCUCCGCGCUCCGGGACGCCAGCGAGGGGCUGUCGGCCGCGGCAGCCGCCCUGCGGGGACCCGCGCCCGGAGUCGAGGCGGACGGGCCCCCGCCGACCCCGAGCGCAUCCAGCGUCUCCGCAGCCUCAUGGUGGCCAAGGAGCCCGAGCAAGAAGAGGCCGAGAGGGCCAGGCAGCAGCGGGGCAGGAGGGCGCCUCGCAACGUGCUCACUAGGAUGCCCGUUCACGAAGGCAGUCCGCUUGGGGAGCUUCACCGAUGCGUCCGUGAUGGUGUAAAAGUCAACGUGCACGUCCGAACUUUCAAAGGACUUCGUGGAGUCUGCAGUGGGUUCUUGGUUGCAUUUGACAAGUUCUGGAAUAUGGCCCUGACAGACGUAGAUGAGACAUAUCGAAAACCUGUGCUGGGUCAAGCUUUCUAUGUAGAGCCACAGUUGACUCUCACCAGACUGUUCGACAGACUCAAGCUGCAAGAGUCCCUGGUUACAAAAGACGUUUCAAAGAUGGCUGCAGAUCUGCCAGCUCUUCCUUGUGAUCCUAGGACACUUAGGUGGAAGUCCGAGUCAGGUCGGAGGAGGUCAGAAGAACGAGGGGUGAAGAAGCGCUCAAGCAAAGAGAGGACACGGAGCUCUAGCCUGCCUCGAACUUAUGGGAAAGAGAUUGAACUGUCUGGCAGAAUCUCCCAAACGGAGGGGACGAGUGCAGGUGGCACAAGAGGUCGAUCACGGAAAAAGCGGAGGCCCAAAGUGGAUUACCAGCAAGUUUUCACACGGCACAUAAACCAGAUUUUUAUUCGGGGGGAGAAUGUCUUGCUUGUUCAUCUAGCCCAUUGAUCUGAUUGCCAUUACUCAGCCAGCGGCAUGAACAGUGGCGGCGACUGCAUGCUACUUUGUGAAUUGUUUUGUAACUGCUUCUCUUCCUCUGACUAAAAGGGAGGAAGGCAAGAGAAUCUUGGAUCUCAGAGGCAAGAGCAUCUUGAGCCAACUACCAGCUUGUUUGGACUAGAAUUUGGCCAAGGAAGCUGCUGCCUUUACAAAGAGACAGGUCUCCUAAGUCCUUCAUAAACUGCGGAACUUCCAGAAUAUGUGAUGCUGUGGGCAAGUAUCGCUGUAUAUUUAAAACCCAUGUGGGUCUGAAACAAGUAGCUCUGUUUUUGCAGAAGAAGCAGAGUAUGCCAUUGACCUUGGUACUUCAUUGUGGAAUGCUUGUAAUUUGAAAUCAUGGGAAAGCAUGUUUAUAAAAAAUGGCGAUGGAAUUCAGAGCUUGUGAAAAGGAGGAAUGGCUUUAGGUAUGGACUUGUUUGGAUCUCAUCUCUCCUAAUAGCAUGCAUGGGCGGGGAGGUAUUCCAGAGUUGAACCAUAGUGCCCUCUGGUGUCCAAGCUUGUGUCAUGAACAAAAAGGGAAUGGAAACCGAAUCAAGUGGUUAUUUGCUGAUGGGAUGCCUUUUCUCUCCAACUCAUUUGUGAUCAAAGGCAGUAUUUAGCCUUUUCUUCAUUAUUUACACAGCCUAUGCUCUUAAAACCAUCUUCCCCUGCUUCCCCCCACCCCACCCCUUGCCACCAGCAAACAGUGAAUGUAGCUAACUAUGUAGCUUCUCUACCUGGAGCUUGUCUAAAUGUAUGUAUUGUAAAAUGGGUUGGAACAACCUAGAAAUUUCAAUCCAGGUUUUUUUUAAUUGUUCAUGUCAUCCAUUUGUGUGUUGCAGCGGUAAAGACUUAAGGCAAUGUACAUAAGUCGCUUAAAAUAGAGAAGAUGGUGUUUUAUCCUUACGCACAGUUAUACAUUAUAGAAGUGGCUUUUGAGAUGCUGAUUUCCCCGAUAAUGAUUAAAGAGAAUAAUUUGCUUGCGAUAUCUGCAAGCGUAGUCCUGAUUGCUUCUAGGUUCUGAAUGACAUGCUUCUAAUGCUAGUUUGAUUGUUCCUGAGAAGCAUGUUUUAAGACUACUGAAAAGUAUGCAUGGUGAUUAUUUAGAAAAUCAGUAUUAUUAACUGUUUCCCCCUUAUCAUUCAGUAAUCAUCAGAAGAAGCUGUGCAACAUGUUGUAACAAUAGAUAUAUAUAAAUAUAUAAAGUGUCUGCCAAGAGAGAUUUUAUGGUGCUGUAUAAUAGUGCCCUCUGUUUACAGUGAAUAUGUGUAAGUAGCACUCCAAUAGCUGGACUUUGCUGCCAUGGAAUGCAAUGACUUUUGUAUUGGGAGGCAUUUUAAAAGUCUCUGUAGAAUUAUUAAGCUCAAAAACACAGAUUUCUAACUCAAAACAUAUAGGUUACAUUUUGUAAAUCACUUCUGAUUUUCUAGAAUAACCUGGCAAUAUUCUAAUGAUUGGAGUGUUCCACCAUCAAUAGUAACCCUUAGACAAUUGCAUGUAGUUUGUGAUUAUUAUUUUUUCAGGCUUUAAAAAAAUAUUCAUGGGUGGAGCUCAGUUUCUUUCCUCUUAUUUCUCCAGCCGAGUUGCGGACUGCAAAAUGGGCUGGGUAAGCUCUCCUAAUUUUCAAGGUGGGGAGGGCAGAUGAUUGUUCCAACUUUUGUGUUUGGAGGCAACCAUUUUUUCUCUAUUCAGCGCAUUGAAACUUUGCAGAGUCAUGGCAUCAUGUGGGAUUCACAGGAGCUUUUUGUAAAAAAUAAAAAAUAAAAAUAAAUAAGCUUCUGCUGCUAAUAAUGAGCCCUCUCCCCAAUCCUCUGGAAAAUUAUUCCCCUUCAGAAAAUAUUUGGUGAAAUGGCCCCAAUUUGGAGGAGGUCUGAAUGUCAUGCUCACCCCCGAAAACUGAGACUACAGUUUGAAAAGGAAGGCCAAUGUGGAGAAGAGGGGCUUCUUAACCCUUUUUGUUCAUGUUGUUUUCCUGGGGAGUCCCAAAGCUUUCCUCAGUGGAGAGUAAAGCAAUCUUCAGUGGAGAAGACAGCAUGAGGAGAAAGGGUUGUGCCCCCCCAUCCCGCCUGCUUCAAAUUAUGUGAAAAAGAAGCAUGGAAUGAUCCACUGUGUGAAAUUCUGCCCUGAGUACUAUUUGUGAGGUUCAAGGAAUUAGCCAUUUUAUUGUCAACCUAGUACAACUCAAGACGACAGACUGAAAGGGGACAGGACAAGAGCUAGGAAAGGAAAAGGAGCAGAACUUGGAGUUCAUGUUUAGCAUAACCUCUUGACCUGAUGUGUAGCUUCCCCAUUGAGUGGGAAUGGGAUAUGCAAAGUGUAUUGGAUGGUGUUAUUUUUUUCCUCGGGUUAUUCUUUGCCAUGCUGCAAAUUAAAAUGCAUGUCACAAAUGUGUUUUUCACUCUUUCGCCCUCCUUGCUUCAAAAAGAAACAUAGAGACAUGAAAUAUUAGUUUCUGAAUUCCCUUAGCAGCCUGCCUUUUGCCCUUUCCAGUUUGACUUUUCCCAGUCACCGUUUGCUGCAAAGGCUAUCACAAAAAUGAUCCUAAGAGAUUCUGUGGAUGGAUUUAACGAGUUUUGUAUCUGUUCUUGAUUCUUCCUCUGUGGCUCUUUUCUCCUCAAAGUACAGUUUCUUGACUCUGUGCUCCAGAGAGUUUUCUUUCAACUUAAAAAGUUCACCUAUACAUCUCUCCCUUUAAAUAUAUAUAUAUAUAUCCCACAUUUUCUAUUUUGGGGGUGGGUAGGCCUCAUGUGUCUGUUCUUGAGAUGCCUGCCCUUUCACAUUCUACUUCGCUAAGGCUAUGCCCCCAAAUAUAAAUUUAAGUGGACCAUCAAAUUUCGUUUUUUUGUUUUUCCUGAAUGAUUUUUUCCCUUCACUGGUCUUUAUCCAUAUUCUUUGGAAGGCCAAAUGCUUUCAUAAGCCUGCCUCUGUAAGUUUACUACCUUAUGCUUCAGUGUUUAAAUUGCUACUGCUUUUGUCGUCCAGAAUCAUUUUCAAUAUCGAGCCUGGUAAACAACUUUGUCUGUGGUCCCAUAUCCACUGUCAACAUCACAAGACUCUAUUUUGAAUUCUUAAAAAUAUCUUCUGAAUCUUACUGACUUGCAUGUCUUCUAUUGUUACUUGAAGCCUCUAGAUCAAAGGUGCUAAACUUAAUUUUCAAGCUGUUGUUUUGGUAUUGCAAUUAGCAUUGUAUAAGUAGUACUUAUGGAAGCAUACCUGCCUGUCUUACUAUUCUUCCCACACUUCACAAAUUAACUCAGGACUUUUUUUUUACUUUUUUCUUUGGCAAGAAAUUUAGUUUCUCACUAGAAUUCCUAUCCUGUCUUGCCACUUGGUUUCUAAAGCUGCAAAGUGUAGGUGUCAAACAUAAAGUGCCCCCUCCCUCCAAAGAUAGUAACUUCAUAAAUUUUAGACAGAAGCCACUAUAUAGACCUGAUGAGUAAGGCACGAAUGUCUGGAAAGGGGGGCGUUUUCAUAUUCUUCAUCAGCUUUCCUCUUCCAGAUUUUUCUGUUAGUUGAUUGAUAUGAAACACACAACUCUCCAAUUCAAUCCAACAAUUAAAAAGAAGAAAACAGCUAGUUAUGGAGAAUCAAUACCAAAAAGGUCUGUGUGGCCACAUUUUACUUAGCAAGUAUGGCAUUUGAAAACUCUGUACCCAUGUGUGAGUCACCCAGGUGUUUGUAGCAUUUCCAUACCAGUGAUGUGACAAAUGUUCACCUGUAGAACACUACCACAAAUAUGCAAAGUGGUGGGUUUUUUUAGACCUCCAUAUAGAGGUUUCGGUAUUUAAACUCUCGGUUACUGUGCGGCAGGUGGUGUUUGUUCCAUCACUGCGGCAAGAGAAUGACACAUACUGAGCCUUUCCCUUGCUUUAGUUUACAACUUUUGUGAAGAGUUGGCAACCCUGCAAAUGCAGUUAUGUGUGACUCUGAAGGUGGCAACUGUGUUAUUGGCAGGCUGAAUGGAGGUCUUGAAGCCGAACUUUUUCCUGCUGCAGACUUGCUGCCAUUGGGGGAAUAUUUUUGUGUAAAGAGAGAAAAUACCCAGAGAGAGAAAAUAAUCCCUAUAUUGCUUUGACAAUUUUGUCUCAAUAUGAGUUCAAUAGUGCCUAUUUACACUUCCAUCAGUAAGAAUCUGCUAUGUGUCAAAACUCAUUACUCAUUCCACGCAGCUCAAAGCGUACUCUGGGAGUGGUUGAAACAUAUUUUAAUUCUGUUUUCCCAGUUUGCAACAGAAUUCCUGUUGGGGAUGAAGAUGCAGAGAAUUACAUUUCUAUUCAGCACUAGGAAUACACCAGUGCCUUGUUGAAGCUCUUCCUCAAAAUGGAUGUCAGAGGCCUACUUUAGUGGAGGAGUAACGUGAAUAACUUGUCUCUUGAUGUAUACAAGCCCUUUUUAGAUGUCUCUGAAAAGAGCUAUUGCUCUUGGCUGUCAGAGGUGAAAGCCUGUCAUGAAAGAGAAAAAGGCUUAUGUUGUUCCUGGAUACCUGCUUUAUUAGCUUCACAACUAGGAAUAGGAUUAGCACACCUGAGACUCUGUCAGACUUGUAUUCGUUUAGAGUGAAAAGUAGUUUGAUCAGGUUGUGUACAAACAUAGCUAGUCUGUUUCUUCCCUUUUCUCUCAGAAGAUUGAAGCUUUCCCUCAGGAGAAAGGGGGGGGGGACCCUGAAAGCUGCUCCAGGCUCCUUUAGCAAUUAUGUUUGAUUUUCACUACUUCAGAGCAAAGUGCAGCUGUAUCCUAGUAUCAUCUCCUUGAUAAGAUCAGUUUUAUAGGCUGAGAAACAAACAACCAGGAAUACUUGUCCAACCUCUAUUGGCACUGUUAGGAAUUUCUUCAGCUGACUGCUGUACUGAUACAUUCCCGGUUUAAUGAUAAAGGUUGGGCUUCAGCGGUUAAAACAGGGGUCAGCACCUUUUUUCAGUCGUGGGCCGGUCCACCAUCCCUCAGACCAUGUGGUGGGCCGGACUACAUUUUUUUUGUGGGGGGGGGGUGAACGAAUUCCUAUGCCCCACAAAUAACCCAGAGAUGUGUUUUAAAUAAAAGGACACAUUCUACUCAUGUAAAAACACGCUGAUUCCCAGACCGUCUACGGGCCGGUUUGAGAAGGCAAUUGAGCCGCAUCCAGCCCCCGGGCCUUAGGUUGCCUACUCCUGGUUUAAAGGUUAGAUAAGGGAACCUGAACUACAUUACAAAUUCUCCCCACUGAACCUUGGGAACUGUAGUUUGGUGACUUCGUAGUUCAAAGUGAACUUCAGUUCACAAGGUUCCUUUGCUUUAAAACCAUAGCAGGCUCAAAAUUGAUUUAAAAUUGUCGUGCAGGUAUACUUUUAGCCUCAAUCACUGGGUUUGAUUCUUCUAUGCCUUUGCUUUUUGUGUCUAUUUUCCCUCAGACUGUUCCCAUUUGUAAAUAAAGGGGUAACGUUUGCAUAUUUUGUAUAAUGUAAAAUGUAAACAAUAAUACAGUAAAAAUAUCUAUUACACACCCUUUUUGUCGGGCAUUAGCUCUCUAGCUUUCCAACUCAACAGAUCAGAACGGAUAGAUAUAUGACAUAUAAUACACACACAAAUACUCUGAACUAAACCCUGGUUUAGUUGCAAGUGUAUGCUCUACCCGCCAGAGUACUUGGGACUGGAAAGAACAUGCAAGCUGUUUAAUCUGUCUUCCUGUUUUAUUUCUGAGAAGAAAUUGCUGCUACGAACCUAAAAAAUGAAUGUACAGUUUAUUUAUUUUUGCUUGAUGGAUUUAGAUUUCUGUAUACAAAAGAGUUCAACCUCUAAGGCAAUAAAUAUAUUGAUGUAACAUAA